GGAGUAACUUAACACGUGCUCUACUUUCUCUUACAUGCCCUAAUAUUUCAGCCUAGUCUUUAGGUUUUAGUUUCAGACUGAACCAAAACAGUUACGGAUCAGAUUCUUUGAAACUGUAUGAUUCUUUGACUUCUUCUUAAAAGCUGACAUACUGAAGGAUCCUCUUUGAUUUGUAAACUUCCUUUUCUUUUUCUGGAUUGUUAGUUCCUGUUGUUGAGCGCAAUGAAAACUUGCAACGGACCAUCUCGCCUGCUGGUUCAGCUAAUGUGCAUUACAUUUUUACCAGUUUUUGUGGCACAAAGGGUCGAAGUCUCACCUGAAGUGACUGGAUACGUUGGAGAUGAUGUCACCUUGCAUUGUCAGUUAAUCCAAGGACCAACACAUACCAAUAUAACUCAGGUUCAGUGGGCUCUUCAGGAUGAAGAAGGAACAGGAAAAAAGAAAGUCACUCUCAUUGUUUUCAACACGAUGUUUGGAGUGAAUAUUUCUGAGAGCCCACUGAAGGAGAGAGUGGCGUUUGAUAAACAUUCGUUGGUAAUUAAUGCUCUAGAAAUGAAAGAUGCAGGAUCCUAUACCUGCAUCAUUUCCACUUUUCCCAGUGGGGCAUUUGAAGGAACCACCAAACUUGUUGUUGAAGAUAUGAUCCCAGCACUGCUAGAGUUCAAACUGCCCCUGACAUCCUGAAGUAUGUACAAAUGCAACGGCGAUACAACUUCAUCUCUUGGCUCAACAAAGACAUUUUACCUGCUGCUGCCUUCUCCUGAGAAUUGGAUGAAACCAGAAUCUUUCUUCCUUUUCUAGUUUAGGAACAUCAGGCAAACUCAUCAUCGCUUCAUGUCAACUUAAUUUUUUUCUUUUUCAGAGUCCAUUUAUUGAGGACAAAUUUUUCAUUUGGAAGUACUGACAUCUGCUGGUCAUUCGAUGUAAAGCAGCCCAACUGUGAUAUUACAUGCGGCCUAACUUGUUUCUUCUUCUGCUAGUGUAGAAACCAGUGUUAAGAAGCAGAAAUUCCAAAGCAGCAUGCAAGAUUAAUAAUCCCUGUACCGGCUUAAGAGUUGGCAGCCAGAAUCUCUGUGAAUUUUAGUAGGCUACUGCUCAUCCUUUGUCCCUAACGUUGCUGACGGAGCAGGAAGUAGGGAGCUGCUGAAAUUGAGGAAGCACUGCUAGUCCGACUGAUUUGCUGUUAGAGAAACAAGGAGAAUGUGGGUUUCGAAACAGCCACUGAACUAAUGACUUGGACAGGAUAUUGGACUCUGUGGUGACUGAUUACUUGCUUUGCUGGAGCCUUUAGUUUCUUUUUUGUAUUCUUUUUUUUAGAAUACCACCUUUUUACUCAGAGGUAUCUCAGAGAUAUUAUUAUUCAUAAAGUUAAAUAAACAUCUAUUAUAUUACCAAAAUUCUUUAUUAUUGGCUGAAAAUGGCAAGUGGUAGAAGAAUUUUUCAAACCAUUCCUUUGGGGAAAGGAGGAAUUAAGCACCAUGACCUCACCACACUGUGGUAUGAAAAAGUGAUAAAGUGAUUGCGCCCUUCUUGAUUUGCUCUUUUUCUGUAUGUUUGUCACACUUAUGUAAAUAUUAGACAAAGAUAAAACAAGUAAACGUAAAAUGCAGUUUCUAAAUAAAGGUGUUUAUUGUUAAGGAGGGAAAAAGUCCAAUCACUUUUUCACUGUGUGAAAAAAACAGCUGGAGACAUGGGUUAAAAUAAGAGCUCAUUCAUAAGUGAUUUGUCGUUAUGGAAUUGUUCUUUUAUUUGUUUUAUUUUAUUGUUACAAUAAGUGAUGGUUGGAAAAAAAAAAGUUUUACACUUCUUACUGUGACUAGCAGGAGCUUUUAUUUUGAAGAUCUACAGGAGGUUGUGCGUUAACAUGCCGUGUUGCCACGAGUAACUGGAAAAAAAGAAAAGCCGAUGAUAUCUUAAUUAGCAGCAGAAACUGUCUUGGUUACUGAAGCAAAUCUUCAUAAAAGUUGUUAAAAAAAAAACUGUUCCAGAAGUAAUUGGCCAAUAUCUCAAUGGUGAGAUGAAUGUUAGGGAGAGCUGCUGAAAUCAAAAUUAGUGCCAGCUAAAUUAAGGGUGUUUCACAUGACUGGAUCAGGUCUUUUAUUGAGCUAUGAGGUCAUUGGAAAAAGGUCCAGUGAAUCCACCGGAUGGUGAGCCUCCCAGUGUGAACUCCAGGAUCCAGAUCAGCACAACCAGUCAGACAGCGAGUGAUUUUUCUGGCUUCUGGUAAGAUUCCACCAGUUAUCCUGACUGGUAACAGUUGAUAGACAAAAAGAAUGCACUUCAGCCCAGGUUGUAAUGUCUGUUUUGAAGCUGUAAUCUGUUGAUUAAAAAAAAGUCACAAUUAACUGAAA